AUAAGCCUCAGUGCAUUAUUCAUGGGCUCUGUUUGUCCUGGCAGAGUCACAGUCACGGCGGGGCCCCCCUGCGGCUUUAUAAACAGGGCACACACUUUAUAUAGAACUGGACUUCAAUAGGGCCCAGCAUUAUCAGAGCAAGAUGUGCCUUUGUGCAACGACUGUAACUCUCAUAGGGCUUCUCUGCUUUCCUCCUACUCUCGCCUUUUCUCCGGGUCCCACCAAGGAAGCAGGAGCGUUGGAAGAGAAUUUGCCGCCACCCAACAAUCCAGCUUUUCUUCACCCUUUGCCGCCACCUCUCCAAGCCGUGCAGAAUGACUUCUCCUCGUUCCACUUUCAUCUUCACUUACAUCAGCCCAACUUCUGGAUUCUGCUAGCCAAUGGUAUUGAAGGCACAGAUGAUAAUGUCCAUGAGAAUGGAUCACACAAGGAUGAGGAAGCCACAACCUCUGACUUGGGAUCUUAUGGUGAUGACCCCAACUCUAAAUCAGAUGAUGAAUCUCCCUCCAACUCAGAUAUCGCUGAACCUGCUGUGAAAGAUUCUAAGUCAGGAUCAGAUGGUGAUGGCCCUACCUCUGACUCAGGCCAUGAUGAGUCUCAAAUCAACUCAGUUAUUACUGAACCUAAGUCAGGAUCAGAUGGUGAUGGCCCUACCUCUGACCCAGGCCAUGAUGAGUCUCACCUCAACUCAGUUAUUGCUGAACCAAAGUCAGGAUCAGAUGGUGAUGGCCCUACCUCUGAAUCCGGCCAUGAUGAGUCUCAAAUCAACUCAGUUAUUGCUGAACCUAAGUCAGGAUCAGAUGGUGAUGGCCCUACCUCUGAUUCAGGCCAUGAUGAGUCUCAACUCAACUCAGCUGAACCUGCUGUGAAAUCCAGUCAGGAUAAAUCUGCCACCCAAGCACAGAAUGAAGGGGAUAAAUCAGCUUCUGGAUAAAAAGAGGGCAGGUCUUUCUCAGGAUCAGACAAAUAUAUAUUUGCCUCUAGAUCUGGAAAUAAAGAGCCAGCUUAACUAUCUAACUAUCUGAUCUGUACACAGAUUCUGGACUUUCUCCAGAUACAUUAUACUACGAAGAUGUAUUCUACUCAAAACACUUUCAAUAAAGUUUGCAUUAA